AUGAUAAGUUUAGGCUCAAAUUUUCAAUAUGGCAGUUUAAGUUCGAUCCCUCUAGCAUACCCUCCAAUGCAACAACCCUUUGAUCAUGAUACACAGCCUUUACUCACUCUACAAUGCCAAGAUCUUUCCCCCUACAAUGCCAUUAUGCAAAUCAAGAUUCACAUUAUCAGAAUUACAUUCAAACACAGCUUUAAUUACUCCAGAAAUCAAGUUCUUACAACACUCAGUUUUACAACAAUUCCAGUUUUGCUGCAUGGAUUAAUGAAUAUGGGGUCUUGUUAUUCUGUGUUGGAUAGUAAUUGCAGUUCUACUACAAGUUACAAUGGAGUGUACCUCGGUAUGGCCUCGAAAUCGACCCCAGACAAUGGAGAAGGAUCAGCCGAAGAACUGGGACUGAUGAAAGUGGAUUAUGAUAUGCCUUCUGCAAAUUAUGCUGGAUGGUCUAGAGACUCAGUGCAGGGAUCAAAUCCUGGUGUUUUUACAGUGUGGAUCUGA